CCCAAUUCCGCAUUUCUUCCCUUCCCUUCCUCUUCCCCUCCGCCUCUAAGUCCUUAUCAUUCACCUCUGCUCCUCGUCACGUUCACGAUCACGAUCACGAUUCCUCCUGUCUAUCGUCUCCUCCUCCUCCUCCUCCACCUCGCCUCGUAUCCGAUCCCCCACUGCUAACUGUCCCCGCUCGCCGCGUCCCUUGUACUCUCGAUUAAUCUAUCUAAUUUUCAGGCUCGGGCCUUGUUCACUCAACUUUCCUCCAUUGCUCGGUACCUUUGCCCGCGAACCUCGACUCUCUUCCGCUCUCGCACGACCAUCGACCGCCGGAUCCUGUGUUCCCCCGCUGAUGAUCGCUCGCUUUCUGGGCUGUCUCAGUAGCUAUCUCCAUGGAUAACGCAAACCUCUGGACUCGCCGAUCCAAUACCUCCAAGUUGUCUCUGUCUAUGACAGGGACGGACGGCGCUCGAGUUGAACUUCCCCGCGCCUCCAAGCGUUUCGGCCCAGAUAGCUCCCACGGCGGUCGAUCCAACCCUUUCAACGCCCUUUCCCCUCUCUCCGGUGGCGUGUCCUCCCCAUCCACAAACGCUUCCUCCGCAUUUGGCUUGGGCUCCGGUGCCUUCGCGUCGUUUGGAACUCCGAAAACCCCCGGUGCACCCUCCGACGUCAAGACUCCCGGCGAGAAGCGCGACAACCCGGUCGACCAGGCUUCUGCCGCGGAGGGCGGCAAAGCCAGGGGCGCUGCCUUGUCCCUCAGGGAGCACCCGCUCAAGUCCACCUGGAUUAUCUGGUACCGACCCCCUACACCUAAAUACUCCGAUUACGAAAAGUCCACCGCCCCGCUUGCAUCCAUAUCAUCAGUAGAGAGUUUCUGGUCGAUCUACUCGCACCUGAAGAGACCCUCUCUUCUUCCCACCGUCUCCGAUUACCACAUCUUCAAGAAGGGCAUCCGUCCCGUAUGGGAAGACGAUGCCAAUAAGAAGGGCGGAAAAUGGGUGGUAAGGCUGAAGAAGGGGGUGGCGGACCGGUAUUGGGAGGAUCUUCUUCUGGCUAUGAUCGGUGAUCAGUUUGCGGAGGCUAGCGAUGAGGUCUGCGGUGCAGUUCUCAGUGUGCGGAGCGGGGAGGAUGUUCUGAAUGUGUGGACCCGCAUCGAUGGCGGGCGGAACAUCAAGAUUCGGGAGACGAUCAAACGUUUGCUGAAUUUCCCGGCCGACACCAACAUCGUCUGGAAGAGUCACGAUGACAGCAUUGCCCAACGCUCGGCCAUCGACCAGGCGCGCCAGGAGAAGGCCUCCGGUAACACCGGUCACCAUCACCACCAUCAUCACCAUCACCACCACAACCAUACCCAACAACACCAGCUUGGCGGAGAUCGCCGAAGAGCUACGGCAAAUGAUGAAUCUACGGGGGACAAAGGAAAAGGCACGACGUCUUGACAUGCUUUACGUGGGUUAUGAUCCUGUAUAGUAAAGACCACAAAAUUCUCAUUGGGACAAUUUGGGCUCGGGGCAUCUGGGGCGAAUACUGAGUGAUCUCGAUUUGGGUUUUUAUGUCCAUUUCUUUUCUUUCCAAUUCAUGCGCGCUGCUCCGCACAUGGAAUGCAAAUCAAGGGUGCUCGGAUGGGAUGAAGCGUAACUACUACUAUUACUGCUACUUAGUACUGGACUUCCUUUGACUUUCAUCUAUUCUCCAAUAUCGGAAAAUAUUGUUGAUCUGCUGCUAGUGUCCUGUUGCGUCCAGACUAGUAGAUCCUGCAUCUAAUUUUAUUCUCC